UGCCCUAAAAAGCUGCCGCUGCCUCUUCAUCCGUUCCCGUUAAAAGGGAAAAGGUGUAGCUCAAUAAAACAACCAUUCCCGGGUCCUGUUGCCUCGGUGUACUAAUACUUUCAAGAGCUCAUUCCAUUUUGAAGUCUGGAUGGCAGUAUCACACGAGAAGCGUUUACUUUGUACUGAAUCAGCGUCCUGUUUUGCCAGUAUUUUUGAGCAAUGGUAACCAGCUAACGAUAGCUAAUAUCGCUACAAGCUAGCUAACGUCGGCUAGCGAGAAGAUCGGAUACGGAAUUUACGAGGUUAUUCCUAAUUUUUGGAGAAUCGCAUUCGAAUGCCGCAAUUUCACGGAAAACCGACUUCAGCUCGCAACGGGACGAAGAGGGGAGAUCUGAAACGUUUGCUUGUUUGUUAGCUAGCCGAAGUGAAGGAAAAUAUUUAAACUGGGCGUUUGUGAGACAGCAUCUGGAGACGGAAAUAUUCCUGAUGGCAAACGAGCCGGUCAUAUUGAACGUUUAUGAUAUGUACUGGAUCAAUGAGUUCACCACCUCUCUGGGAAUAGGCGUCUUUCACUCAGGGAUUGAAAUCUACGGCAGAGAGUUCGCCUAUGGAGGACACCCGUACGCUUUCUCAGGAAUCUUCGAGAUCACGCCUGGCGAUGCCUCAGAACUCGGGGAGACCUUCAAAUUCAAAGAGGCCAUCGUUCUGGGCAGCACAGAUUUCACAGAGGAGGAUGUGGAGCGCAUUGUGGAGGAGAUGGGGAAGGAGUACAAGGGAAAUGCCUAUCACCUCAUGCAUAAGAACUGCAACCACUUCUCCUCCACCCUCUCUGAGAUCCUGUGCGGCCGCGAGAUCCCGCGCUGGGUGAACCGCCUGGCCUACUUCAGCUCCUGCGUGCCCUUCCUGCAGAGCUGUCUGCCGAAAGAGUGGCUGACCCCCGCGGCCCUGCAGUCCAGCGUGAGCCAGGAGCUGCAGGGCGAGCUGGAGGAGGCCGAGGACGCCGCCGCCACCGCCUCCCUGCCCUCCUGCUCCGCCUCCCCACUGCCCAGAGCCAGCCGCCACCAGCCGCGCCGAUAGGCCCUGCCUCCGCCGCCAGCCGAUUGGCCCGGCUCCGACCCUCUGGACUGAACCGGCCUACCACCUCCGACAGCCUAGCGGUCCAGCAGCUGCAAUAAGCCUCUGCCCCAAGCACUGACUGAAUGUGCAGUAUUAGAGUUGGGGGACUACACUUUUUUUAAAGGAAAACAUUUUUGUGUUUUUUUAAUUGUUCUUCGGCCUUUUUUGUUUUAUAUACUCAGGAUUCCGGAAGACACAGUCCAGUUAA